AAGAUAGAAAGCAGAUUAUACCAGAGAUGAGGUUGGAAUUAGAUGAAUGCAAUAAUAUUAUAGAUUAUCAAAAUAAUUUAUUUCAAAGGCAACGUGAAUCUUAUUAUGAAGAUAUUGAGGCUUUAAUCAUAGGUUUUUUUGAAAAAUCUACUAAACUAUAA